AUGGACGCCUUCGCCCCCGAGUCGGUGCGACGGUUCAGGCAGUUCAUGUACACCCAGGAUUACGACAUGGGAGAAAUCGAAGUCAAACGAGCAGAGGGUGCUAAGAAAUCAGAUGAGGCCAAGAAAGCAGAUAAAGGAGCAAAGGCGGCAAGCGGCGACUCUACACCAGCACAGGGCGCCGAACCGUCCUCGGCAGGCAAGAAAGAAGUUGAGUCUGAGCACCACGAGAACCAUCCCGGGCUUCAAGACCCCGUCUUGCAGACCAUACUGGCGCAUACCCGCAUGAACGCCAUGGGCGACUACGACGUCCCGUCGCUCGUCGCCCUCGCCAACGUGCGCGUCGCCGCAACCAUGGCCGCCGCCUCGCCCGACGCGCCCUGGAUCGCCGGCUUGCCCGCCGUCGCCGAGGUCGCCCUCGGGAUCGUCGACAGCGCCGGGAUCGUCGACGCACUGACCGGCACCAUAUCCGAGAACCUAGCAGCGCUACUCGCCGUCGGCGCGCUCGAGGCGUCGCCACUCGUGACGCCGUUUUGCCUCACGCUGCUGAGGCCCUGCAACGCAACGAACCAGGCGUUGGCGGAGCAUCUGGCGUACAGGUCGAAGACGCUCAAGGAGGUGGGCAAGAAGUAUACGGAGGCGGCGGAGCAGGUGGUGCAGCAGAGGAAGGCGGUGUCGGCGCUGAGCACGGCAAGGAAGUGCCGGGCGGUGGGAUGCGCUGGGCGCUUCGACUGCUACUUCGCGGAGGGCACCAGCAGGCUGCGUUGUCGUCUGUGUCACUCAAAGCAUUGA